GGAAGCUAUUAUUUACCGCUAUAGUUUCGCAACAUCGCUUGGUAAGGUUGUAACUUCCCUAAUCAUCAUCUCUUCGUUAACCAAUUUUACUUCAGAAAUCAUUGCAAUUUUUUUAUUAAUAACUGUUUCUUUUUGUCGUCAGUAGUAUAGAAUUCUUCGUGGAAGUUUCACAAGUGUAUUUUAGAAUGGCGUCGAUUGUUACUGCUUUUAAGUUGCUUGGCAUAAUUGCUACCAUGGUUGGAGCACGGCCUUACAAACGGGACGUCGCAAGUGGAUACGAUGCGGAGGAAUACGGAAUCCUAGACGCUAUUGUAGACAUCUGCGAAGAGAGAGCUUCUGACACUAACCGCGGUCGUGCGACGUCUGUCGACCAGUUUCUCGACGCCGUCUGCCUGGCAUUUACAGGUUCGCUUGAAGCAUCGGGCGACGGUUCAGGAGAAGGCUCUGGUGACGGAUCCGGUGACGGCUUGGAAGAAUGGAUCUACGACUUUGGUCCUAUAGUCGAGAUCUUCACACCCGACUGGGCUUCCCAGCAACUCCUUAGUGCAUUCGCAGAGAGAGCGUGCCGAGCUGCCGAAGAUAUAGGAUAUGUUGACCAUGUUGACUUGGAAUCGUUCUGUCGAAACAAUCGACGCCCCAUCGACGGGGGCGAUGCCGAUGAAGAAGAUGGCAGCGGAGAUACUGGUAGUGGUUCUGGCGAAGGAGAUGAUAUCGACAACGAGGAUGAUGAUGAUGAUGGCGAUAAUCAGGCCUUUGUUUGGAGCUCUGACUGGCUUCAAAAUGAUGUCUUUUAUUUUGCGAACGAUGCACAAUAUUAAGAACUGGAAUACCAGUUCCUGAAAACGAACACUGUUGAAAUAUUUUAUUUUGUCCCUUCGUAAUUUUUCUUAAUUUCCAUUUGUAGAUUCCCCAUUAAAAGGGCAAUUUUCCCUCCACAUGUUUGAAUUUAAUCUUACUCGCGGUCCGAA